AAGCUCACCAGAGCAGAGAAACUCGCACGCACUCACUCUCUUCCCCCCCUCCUGCCCACUCUCCAAAGCGGCGCAAGCAUCUAGCAAAGCUGCGCAGCGCAGCCAGCAAGCUUGGUCUGGAGAGACAGAUAUAGCCAGCCAGAGAGCAGCAGACGAGGCAUGGCGACGUCCGUGGCUUGCGCCUUCUUCUUCGACGCGGAGCCGCUGGGCGAGCCCGGGCGGCACGCGCUGGACGCCUGCGCGCUCUGCGCCAAGCCGCUGAGCCGCAACAGCGACAUCUUCAUGUACAAGGGCGACACCCCGUUCUGCAGCGAGGACUGCCGCUACGAGCAGAUGCACCACGACGCGGCGUACGCAAGGCAGGCGGCCAGCAGCCGGCGGAAGCAGCAGCAGUCGCAGUCGCAGCGGAGCAGAGGGGCCUCGUCCGUGGGCGCCAAGGCGGACGUGUCCGUGGCCAGCUAGUCAGUAGUAAAAGCAAGCACAGCGACGCCGAGAAAGGAGGAGGAGGAGGAGGAGAAGAAGAAGGCCGUGCUGGUUGAAGCAGCGUUACAGCUGCAAGAGAUCCCGUUGGGGGGGCGGCGCUCCGCUCCGCUCCUGGCUGGCCGGGCGGGGCGCUGCGCCGCACAACGAGUUUCGUGCGCGGAACAGAGGCAAGCGGAGGUGGAUGGAUCUGAAGACCGAAGAAGGUGACAGAUCGAACCUGAUCUGCGGGUUGGAAGCUUAAACCGACGCCAUACGUGCUCUGCUCCCCUUGUUUAUGUGUUCCCCUGACGGGAUCUUCUGGGCUGUGUGUGCUAGAGCUUGAGGCGUGAGGGUGUGUGCGGGAGCACCAUCGGCCUGUAAUAACUGUACGAAUCAUUCCAGCAUAUGUUAUGUGCUAGCCCUAAAAUUUUGAUCGCA